CACCGCUCAGCAAGGCUGAGAUUCUGACCCGAGACCCUCCGUAGUAUCAGCCCUUUGUGACGUUUAACCCUUUCCCUAUAGUGAAGGGCCAAGUGGGAUGGUGAAGUCCCAAACCAGCCGCCCCGCGCUAGCGGGAGCAAGGAGCACCAUGCCCGAGACAACCGAUCCCGAUGGCGUUUCUAAAGAGAUAGUCCCAGAAUCGUCGGAAAAGCCUCAAGAUACACAAGUGAAGCAUCGCCGGCGGUCGGUGCUCCGAGUUUCCCAGCUCCUGCUGCGGGCCAUUGCCGCCCACAAAGGACUGACUCUCACAGUGCUCAAGAAGGAAUUUGGCAACGCUGGCUACCAAGUGCGCAAGAAAUGCAGCCGUCAUUCCGCCGAGGUGCCCAGGCCAGCGUCGGUGAAAGGCACCUUGCUCCGGGUGAGCGGCAGCAAAGCCGAGGGCUACUUCAGAGUCUGGAAGAGUCCGAAGCCAAUCAAGAAAUGUACUAAGAAAACAUCUGCGGAGAUCGAGGAAGUGAAUCAGAAUCGCUUCGAGUCCCUGUUUGCUCGCCGGUAUAGGAAGCCUCUUGAGGAGGAUUGCCAGUCCGACCCAGGGAACUCGUUCAAACCCGAGACGCCCGAGGGGCCCGAGACUCCCGACCUGUGCGAAACUCCUCAUUCAUCCAAGGAGGAAAUCUACGUGGAGCAAGUAAAUGAAAACCCUGAGGAUAUGGAGGAGGUCGCGCUGAGCUUGGUCCCCGGAUACUCCCUAAGCCAGAAGGCACCUAAGAAAACGAGGGCAGAGAUGGGGCGCAAGGCGAAGCAGCGAAAGAUAAAGGAGAUGAAGAUGAAGGAGAAAGCGAAAAACCAGUUGAGGUCGACGGAAGGAUCAAAGAGGCCAAAGACAAAGAAAGAGAAGAAAAUGAGGAUUGAGGAGAACAAUAGAGGGAACGAAGACAAGAAAAUGAAGCCAAAGAAGAGAAGGGAGAAGGUGAGGGAGAAGAACGUAGACCCGGAGAAGCAAGGGAAACAUAAAUGCCGCCGGAACUAUUGCCAGAGAUACAGCCCAAACCUGAAUCUCGCAUCAGCCACGUCGAGCAAGAUCCAUGAAGGCCAUAUGAAGGCUCUUGAUGGGAGAACAAGGCGACCCUACAAAGUUUGACCCCAAAAGGAUUCCUGCCGAAAAGAAAGAGCACGAAAGAUAUGUGGACAUCCUUAGUGUUUGGAGGGGAAUCCAGAGCUCUUGAACUGGGCUCUCGUUCCCACUCAGACCUCCUCUCGGAACAAUCUAUGCACUCACUGAGUGAAAUGGUCUGGCCGAAUCCAGUGUGAGCCUGCAUGGAGCUGAGCUUCUGCAUUACAAGAAAUUAGCAUUCUCAAGACUGCAGAGGAAACUAUUUUUUUUACAAUGGAAAGCAGCUAAGUUAAUUCUGCUGAACCACUGCACCACUCAGAUACACACAGGAAAAAAAAGACAGCUGCUUGUUACUUAUGAUGGGAAACAAAAGAAAAUUACCGCCUCAAUUACAUGGCAAUGCUAGUAUGUCAUUCAGUUAAGUCAUUAUUAAAUUGCAGUAUUUAA